AUGUCAAAUCAAGUCAAAGAUCAAAUUUAUGUAAGGACUGUGUCUACUAGUAUAGAUUUUGAUAAAAAAGAAGCUAGUCAAAACUGUAAAAUAAAGAAUAUAGAAACCAACAAUGUUGACACACUUGAAACUGUUAAAUGUAAUGUAAAAGAUUCAAAUGUUCAAUAUGAUUGCUGGUUUAGUAAUGAUCCAGCCAAAUGGGUUUUGAAUGAAUCAGAGUUUGAUUAUUAUUCUAAAAAUCAAAGGAAAACUAAAUUUAGUCGUCCAGUAUCUGGGUAUAUUAAUUGGAAAAAUUGUUUAUUGGAUGUUAAUCACCAUGAAAAAUGUAUUAAGCUUACUGAAUCAGUCCAAAUUAAUAAAGAAGAAGAGUAUUGGACAAAAUUACUUCAUCGAUUAAUUGAAACAAUAUCAUUUUUAGCUACAAGAGGUCUGGCAUUUAGAGGAGACAAUGAAACAAUUGGUUCCAAAUUUAAUGGAAAUUAUCUUGGCUGUCUCGAACUCCUAUCAAAGUUUGAUCCAUUUCUCGCUAAUCACAUUGAUAAAUACUCUAAUAAAGGUCGUGGAAAUGUAUCUUAUUUAUCAAGUAGAAUAUUAUGUGAUGAAUUUAUUGAUCUUAUGAGUAAAACUGUGUUACAAUGUAUUGUUAAAGAAAUAAAAAUUGCCAAAUAUUUUUCAAUAAUUGUAGACUCAACGCCAGAUGUUACAAAGGUAGAUCAAUUAACCGUGGCAGUACGGUACAUUUGCAAAGAUGGUUCACCUGUAGAGAGAUUUAUAGGGUUUCUUCCUUCAGUUGGUCACAAAGCAAAAGAAAUGGAAUUGGAACUAAUGAAAAUGUUUAAAAACUUGGACAUUGAUAUGAUAAAUUGCAGAGGUCAGUCGUUUGAUAACGCUAAUAAUAUGUCGGGCAUCUAUAAUGGCUUACAAGCACGGAUUAAGCAAAAAUCAAGUACAGCAGAAUUUGUACCAUGCUCAGCCCAUUCUUUAAAUUUAGUUGGGACAUUUGUUGCAGAACUAACCAGCACGGGAAAUACAUUUUUUUUGAGAGCUCAAAACCUAUAUACUUUUUUUUCUGCGUCUACCUCGAGGUGGAAUACUUUAUCGAAAGAGUUAGAUCAAAUUCCUAAUGCUCAACUUCUAAAAAACUUAUGCCCUACUCGUUGGUCAUCACGGCACUCUGUUUGUAAAUCAAUUAAAAAUGGAUAUGUUGGAAUUCUCGCUGCUUUAGAAAUAAUAUAUAAUGAUUUAAAUCAACGAAAUGCAGUUAAACAUGAAUCCAAAUCAAUUUACAAUAAAAUAAAAUCAUUAGAUUUUGUCUUUCUUUUAGUUGUUUGGACGCCUCUUUUAGAAAGAUUUGACAAAACUUCUAAAAGUCUUCAGUUAAUUAAUAUUGAUUUGUCGUGUGUAGUUUCUCUAUAUGAUUCAUUUGUAUGUUAUAUUCAAGAGCAAAGAAACAAUUUUGAAAUAUUUUUAAGUGAAGCGAUAAAAAUUAGUGGCAUAAAUAAAUUUUCUUGGGAGGAAACUAGAACUAAACGCAGAAAUAUAUUUUUUGAUGAAGAGUCUAGUGGUGAAGUUAUAUUUUCUAAUUCAGACAAAAUGAAGAAUGAAGCUUUUAUUCCUAUAAUGGAUGCAUUGAUUCUUCAACUAAAUAAAAGAAAAGAAGCAUAUACAAAGCUAUGUGACAAAUUCGGAUUUUUUUCUGAUAUGGAAAUUAUUGAAGCUAGUGAACUACGUAAAAAAGCAUUAAAGCUUGUGGAGUAUUAUGUUAAUGAUUUAGAAGUAGAAUUUGUUGAAGAAAUCGUUCAAUUUAAAAAAUACAUUAUAAAUUUUCCCAAAGAAACCAAAAACAUGCAAGGAAUGUUAAAACCUUAA